AUGGAUGAGAAAGGAAGAAGCUUCAAGAACAACAUGGAAGACGAAAUGGACCUGAAGAGAGGUCCAUGGACAGCUGAAGAAGACUUUAAGCUCACCAAUUACAUUGCUACUCAUGGAGAAGGUCGAUGGAACUCUCUUUCUCGUUGUGCAGGACUCCAACGAACUGGUAAAAGCUGUAGACUACGGUGGCUAAACUAUCUCCGCCCUGACGUUCGCCGUGGAAACAUUACCCUCGAAGAACAACUCUUGAUCCUCGAACUUCAUUCCCGUUGGGGCAAUCGAUGGUCAAAAAUCGCCCAGUAUCUACCGGGAAGAACAGACAAUGAGAUCAAGAACUAUUGGAGAACGCGAGUGCAAAAACAUGCAAAGCAGCUUAAAUGCGAUGUCAACAGCCAACAAUUCAAAGACACGAUGAAGUAUAUGUGGAUGCCUCGGCUUGUCGAGAGGAUCCAAUCUGCCUCGGCCUCCGCCGCAUCAUUAAUCUCGACCACAGGAUCAGCCACCACGUCAUCAUGCAUCACAACUUCUAACAAUGAAUUCAUGACGUAUGAUUACAACAAUAACAACUCCAUCGGAGAACGACUUGGUGUAAUGAACAACAACAAUUAUAUCACGCUGGAAAACUCCAGCGUGGCAGUGUCUCCGGUGUCAGACUUGACGGAUUACUACAACGCUCCAAAACCGAACCCGGAUCAGAAUUUGGUGGGUCCACAAAUGUUACCGGAUAAUUAUUUCGAUUAUUCUGGAUUACUAGACGAAGAUUUAACAGCUACGCAUGAGCAGAGUAACCUCGACUGGUUUGAAAAUAUCGAUGAAGUUGUUUCUUCUUCUUCAGAGAGUUUAUGGAACAUUGGAGAAAGUGAUGAAGACUUCUGGUUUUGUCAGCAGCAACAACAGUUCAACAAUAAUAACGACUUCUGA